GUAUGGGAAAAAAGGAAAAUCGAACAUUUUGAUGUGAUGAAUGAUUCAGGUGGAUUUUUAAACGACACUUGUAUUUGGAACCUGCUCGAAAGGUUCUUUCUUGCUCUUCCUUUUAUAUUAUUCCUGGGAAUUCAGUGAAACAGGUCUUAUUCACAAAGACGAAGCUUGCAAGACGGGAAAAGAAAUGGCUGAUCGUUUCUUUCCAAAUGAAAUGCCUACUUUUGUGGCGGAAUCAACUGUCUCUACAGGAACUGCCGGCGGUGACUCACUCACCACCUUCCUUUCUUUACCUUACAAAUCUCUCUCUGAUCACCUCAAAUCCGCUGCUUUGGCCCUCAAAGAAACCGUGGUGAGGGAGACUUGGGGUUUGAGUGGAAAGAGAGUGCAAGAUUAUACUUUGUACACAGGAGCUCUUGGGACUGCUUAUUUGGUCUUUAAAGCAUACCAAGUUACCAAGAAUGACAAUGAUCUUAAAUUAUGCUCUGAUAUUGUUAAAGCUUGUGAUUCUGCUUCUAAAGACUCUGGGCGUGUGACGUUCAUUUGUGGACGGGCUGGUGUUUAUGCUCUUGGUGCUGUCAUAGCAAAGCAGUCCGGUGAUACAAGUUUAGAACAGCGCUACUUGGCAAAAUUCAAUGAGAUCAGAUUCCCCAGCGACUUGCCACAUGAAUUAUUAUAUGGGAGAGCAGGGUUCUUGUGGGCCUGUUCAUUCUUAAAUAAGCAUAUCGGCAAAGACACGAUAUCUACCGCUCACAUUCGAGCAGUUGUAGAUGAAAUUAUUGAGUCCGGUAAACGGCUGGCGGGCAAGGGAAGAUGUCCAUUGAUGUAUGAAUGGCAUGGGAAGAAGUACUGGGGAGCUGCACAUGGACUGGCAGGAAUUAUGCAUGUUUUGAUGGACACAGAAUUGAAACCGGAUGAGGUGGAGUAUGUCAAGGGUACUCUUCGCUGUAUGAUCAAAAACCGUUUCCCCAGUGGGAAUUAUCCAUCAAGUGAGGGAAGUGAAUCUGAUCGUCUUGUACAUUGGUGCCAUGGUGCUCCUGGCAUCACACUCACCCUUGCAAAAGCAGCCGAGGUGUUUGGGGACAAGGAAUUUCUACAAGCAGCAUUGGAUGCCGGAGAGGUAGUUUGGAAGCGAGGUCUGCUUAAGCGAGUUGGAAUCUGUCAUGGUAUAAGCGGGAAUGCGUAUGUAUUCCUUUCACUGUACCGAUUGACUGGCAAUGUGGAGUACUUAUAUAGAGCCAAAGCAUUUGCUUCCUUCUUGUCCGAUAGAGCAGAGAAACUUAUAUCUCAAGGAAAGAUGCAUGGAGGUGAUCGUCCGUAUUCCCUCUUUGAAGGUAUUGGGGGAAUGGCGCAUCUCUUUCUGGACAUGGUCAAAGCGUCUGAGGCGAGAUUCCCUGCUUAUGAAAUUUAAUAAGUUAUGUGAUAAACUUAGAAUGUUAUAUGACAUUAGCAAGUGGACCUUAUGAAAUCCAUUCAGCAUUAGAAUGUUAUAUGACAUUAGCAAGUGGACCUUAUGAAAUCCAUUCAGCAUGAUUGGUGGUGAGUUUGUGGCUCCCAGCUUAAGCAAA